AUGAAUGAGAUCGUAGAGCAUAGAGCAAAAAUGGUCCAGAGUGUGGAGGACGGCAUCUGUCUGAAGGCAGAGGCCAGCGGACCCAGCGAUUUACAGAACAUCUACAUCCGCCAGUGCACUGCAGGCACCUUGACCUGGAACAACGGCUCCAUUUCCCAGUUCAUCACGAGAGUGUAUCAGCUGUACACUGCCUUUGACCGGGAUAAAAAUGGAAGCUUGUCGCUGUCAGAGAGCCUCCGUCUAGUCGAGGCAAUUGUCCGCGCAGCAUUUAACAUCAAGUCGGAGAUGGUCUGCCCGCCUCAACACAUCCACUACUUCCUCGGUAUUGUCGCCAUCCCCUUCAGCUGCUGGUCUGAGCACACCAUCGGUGUGGGCGAGAGCUGUGCAGACGCGCUGCAUGUGUUGCAGGUGGCAGUGUCCAGCGACGGGGUAAGCCAUCGUAUUCCACCGAAGUCUCUACGGGCAUCCGUGGAUGAGGCCUUGUCCCCGGUGUUUAAUUUCGGUCGGCGACUGGGUGGCGCCAACGUAACAUGCAGCCGUUGCCUGCGGAGUUGCCUGCCAAACGAAGAUCCGCACUUCCGCGGCAAGGCAAGCUAUGAGGAAUGCCUUCGCCGCUGCCCGCUCGGUUGUGAUGAAGCACACUUGCCAGAGAUCCCAGAUGUUCUGCAAGAAGGAAUUCGUGGACCACAGAACGAAAGCUGGGGUAGAUGGCUUGGUGGCCUCCACCAACUUAGCAAGAUGCUGGCAGACAUCCAUUUCGUGAGCGCCAGAGGUGAGUACACAUCCGCAGAGUUCAAACGCAGCAGUGCAGCUUACGUCACAGUUCAAACAAUGGUGCACGACCGACGGCUGUACAAUCCGAAGAAACAUAAAUGGACGGCGGCCAGAUAUCUGGACGAUCUCACUGAGCGCUUCGGAGGCGUAGACCAGGUACUUUUGUGGGCGGGCUAUCCCAACCUCGGUGUGGACACAAGAAGCAAUCUUGACAUGUUGGAGGCGGUCCCUGGUGGGCUCAAAGCUGCGGUUAAGGUGGUCAUCGUGGGCGGCGGGCUAGCCGGCUUGUCGGCGGCCUGUGAGCUCCUGGAGCGAGGGUGCUCCGUGACAAUCCUUGAGAAAAGCCACAACCUGGGUGGCAACUCUUCCAAGGCCACCACCGGCAUCGCAGCGCCUGGCAGCGAACUCCAGAAAGCAGCAGGCAUCAAUGACAAGGGCGAGGACCUAGUGGCUGUGGAGCCCAUGGCAAAGGAGAUGAUCGAGAAAGGAGCCCAGGAUGUAGAUUGGCUACUCAACCUAGCUGGCUGCAAGGACGAGAUGGAGCUGCGUCUCACCCCUGGUCACAAGGCAGUUGCCAGAACGCUGGGAACAAAGAGUCACUUUCCUGGAGCUGUUGUCACCUAUGCCGUGAUGCAUGCGCUGGAUGGCAUCGCCAAAGCAAAGCCGGACAAGCUGAAGCUUGUGACGUCUGCCACGGUGUCAAAGCUGCUUACUGAAGGCUCCAAGGUUGUGGGCGUCGAGUACCAGGCCGGAGGCACUCAGAAGGAGAUGGGCAUCGUGAUCCUGGCAACUGGCGGCUUUGCUGGUGACACAUCACCGACAUCCUUCCUGGCACAGAGUGCUCCGCAGUUGCUGACGCUGCCUACCACCAGUGAUGAGCGUACGAACGGCGACGGCAUCAGUCUGGCUCAGGCCGUGAAAGCAGCCGUGAAGAACAUGAACAUGGUCUCCGUGUACCCCUCCGCGGCAGUGAUUCCUGGCAUGGAGAACGACAAGUUCAAGAUUGUGCUCUCUGAUGCCAUUGUUGGUGCUGGUGGCAAGCUGAUCAAUGCGGAUGGCAAGCAGUUCGUGAGCGAGCUGGAGAUUGCGCAGAAACGUGCAGAUGCUAUGACAAAAUCUAAGGGUCCAUUCAGAAUUGUCAUCUCGGAGGCUGAAGCGGAGAAGGUCAAGUGGUUGUGCGACUUCUACGUCUCGCGCAAGGUGAUGAAGAAGUACAGCAAUGCGGCCCAGCUAGCCAGCGAGAUGAAGAUUGCAGCUGGCAACCUUCCAGCUUUGGGUUCUGGGCCGGUGCUUGUUGCGCAGAUCACGUCGGCCGUCUACACAUGUGCGGGUGGCUUGGCCAUCGACCAGGGCCAGGUCCUCACAGGCACUGGGGCUGCCAUCCAAGGACUCUUUGCAGCAGGCGAAGUCACGGCGUGCCCCUGCCCGAACGCAUGGUCAGCAUCAGGCGUGCCUCUGCUGUACUCCAUCUACACUGGCCGUUUGGCUGGCAAAACCGCUGCAGAGGCAGUGGGUGCCAAAGAGAAGGUGUCGGAUCUGGGCGCAAUUGCGACAGCAGAGGACAAGAAGCCAGAAAAGAAGCCGGAAGACAUGACCCGCGACGAGCUGCUGGCCUACUGCAAGGAGCUGGAGACGCGGCCUACCGCUGCUGCAGCUCCUGUGGCGGAUGCUGGGCCCCCAGGCGUAACUCUCGAGGAGGUGGCAAAGCAUAACACCAAAGAGGAUGCCUGGGUCGUCGUGAACGGUGAGGCCAUUGAUGUCACGAAGUGGAUCCCUAUUCAUCCAGGCGGCGAGCAGGCCAUCAUGGCAUAUGUGGGAAAGGAUGCCACGGAGGAGUGGAACAUGAUUCACAAGCCCGGCACUGUGGAGAAGAAUGCCCAGCACCUGAAGAUGAUGGGCAAGAUUGGUGCGGGUGGAGGUGGUGGGGGAGCGGCCGCGGCUCCUGCAGGUGGCGGUGGCCUGUCCAUGGAUGAGGUUGCCAAGCACAACAAGAAGGAGGAUGCCUGGGUCGUUGUAAAUGGCGAAGCCAUUGACGUCACCAAGUGGAUUCCUAUUCACCCAGGUGGUGAACAGGCCAUCAUGGCCUAUUUGGGCAAAGAUGCCACAGAGGAGUGGGUGAUGAUCCACAAGCCUGGCACCGUCGAGAAGAAUGCGCAGCACCUGAAGAUGAUGGGCAAGGUGAGCGGGGCAGCUGCUGCGGUUGCUGCAGCACCAGCAGCGGGUGAUGACGAGGCGCCACCUCCCGAUGGGGAUGGUGGAAUCCCGGGUAUCAUUGGUGCCGUGAUCUUCCUGUUGAAGAACGUGCUGCUCAUGGUUCUGCGAACCAUUUUCUUCACGGGAAACUUCAAGUUUACCCUGGACAACAACCGAAAGGGGACAAUGAGAUCUGCUGUGUUCUUGCUCACCUUCACCAUCGUCCACGCCCUUGGAAACUUUGUGGACAUGCUCGGGGGCCCAGCGGAGCUCAACGGCGAGGGCUACCUCUUUGACCGUAUCCACUGGACUGGCGGACUCGGGUUCGUGAAGUCCUUCCCCGUGUCCGCUGUUGAAGAAUACCUGGCCUUGGCGCUUCUGUUGCAUGUCACUGUAGCCUUGAAGCGAUCCUACGACAUCACCAUUGGAUACACCAUUGGCACAGGACGAUGGAACAUGUUGCUGUCAGGCUUGGUGGUGCUGACGUUCCUAUCCAAGCAUCUCAUGGACUUCCGGUUCUACCCAGAAUACGACUAUGUGGAACUGAAAGCGCCUCCGCUCUUCGUCAACUACAAGGGUGUGCUGUCCGGUCACAUUUUCACUGACCCAACAGAUGGCGAGCUGGUCAGGGCGCGUGACUUGUACUCACGCGAAGUGGCCCUCUUCAAGGACUUCCGAACAGUGCUCUGGUACACGACUGCUGUUGUGAUCUUUGUCACACAUCUGUGCCUGGGAUGGAAGAAGCUGGUGCCUGCUGAUGCCAUGCAGAUCCCGCGUGACCACCAGAACACAGUCAUCUACAUUGGCUGGGCUGCCGCAUUGGCCGUUGGUUUCAUGUAUGGCUCUGUCCCAUGGUAUGUCUACUUCGCCAAGCCCCAGGCGCUCAAAGCUGAAGAGCCGUCAUUGCUGGUGCAGAUUCCGUACAAGCCUUGGGACAUAGCGACCAAUGGCUUGGGAGAAAACGAUCCACGGAGAUAUGCUGAGCUUGCAGCGGAUAGCGGCAUAGAUGGCCUCAACCUAGACACCAUGGACUCUCUGGGCCCAUUCGUGGUUCCUCCUGGUCAAGACAAGCCAGUUCUGCCUGUCACCUAUUUCUAUGAUGCUGCCAAAGAGGCGGGCAUCCUCCACUUGAUCAUUGAGCCAGAGUUGAACCUGUACAAGGGGCUCUUCUUGCUGAACACCACAGCACAAGGUUGGCUGUACACGCUAGCGCAGUGCCCUCCUGAUGGGUGCUCGGAGGUGCGGCCCUUCACGCCCCUGAUUUCCCUUCAGAAAUGGGUGAUGCGCGCGUCCAUGCCACAUAUUUGUGGACGCUGGUCCACUGAGAGGUCGCAAGAAAUUCUGACUGCCUACUUCAAUGCUAUUGGCUUUACAGCAUGGGAGAACAUCUUUGGCGUGUGGAACGAGAUCAAGCCACGAGAUGGUGAACUUCUUAGAAGAUCGAUGAAGAUCCUGCGCCAUUAUCAUCACUUUCUGACUGACCCCGGCACGGAAUGGCUACCUUUCUAUCCUAUUGAUCAUCUAACCGAAGCUGGGAGCCAUGUCUUCGUGUCAAAGUUUGUUGGUCAGGGCCGAGCUCUCUUCCUCGUGAUUAACACAGGUACUCAGACAGCAGGCGUGCAGGAUUGGGUUUUAUCGACGCCCGUGGUCGGCCAUCAAGAGUUUCACAGCAUAUACAAUGGAGAGAUUCAAAUUCAGACCAAGAGUGAAUGCCUUGUCCAAUCGUGUGCAGAGAAGGGGCGUGGGAAGACGGCGCAGUUGCGUGUUUCUGUGGAAGGGCGAGGCAUUGGAGCGAUUCUGCAAGCAGGGAGCGGGCAUCUCAAUCCCAAUGACUUAGAGCUCAUGAGGCGAAUGAGUGACAUGACCGCCAAGUCCUUGGAUUCUUUCGAGGACAAGGCUUCCCCUGUUCUCCAGUCCACGUCAGCUUUGAAGAGUGACAAAGCAACGGCACGGAACACCAGCGGGAUGGUUGCUGUGAAGGGAAGUUCGGCUUACGAGUUCCGUGUUGCCGGUUGUGAGAUAGAAGACACCCGGAAGAAUGGGAAGCAAUUUGUCAAGCUGGCCGUAGACGUGCAGUAUCCAUGGGAGCUGGAGCCUGUCAAGUAUCAUAAGGCGCACAAACUGAGCAUUGCUGAUCUUUGGAUUGAUAAGUAUCCAGUCACCAAUGAGCAGUACGCGGCGUUCUUGAAGCAAUCCUCGUACAUGCCAGUCGAUACGGGGAGCUUUUUGCAUCACUGGGGGUGUGCUACCUUCACGGAAAGCUGUGUGAUGCCGCCUGGUGUUGGCAAAAUGCCCGUGGUGUACGUGAGCCGUCCCGACGCGAAGGAAUUCUGCAGCUUCUACGGAAAGCGGCUUCCAAGAGAAUGGGAGUGGCAAUACGUUGCUCAGGCCGGCGACCCUGAUCGCACUUACCCCUGGGGCCAAUGGUGGUGGAGGGAGGCUGUGCCACCGGCACAACAGAAUGCCAGCGUCUUUGGCUUGAGCGAAGUGGGGCGAUUCCCCAAUGGCUCCAGCCCAGAUGGAGUUGAGGACUUGGUCGGCCUUGUCUGGCAGUGGACUGACGAGUAUGAGGAUGACCACAAUCGUGCUGCUGUUCUGCGUGGAGGUUCCGUCUUCCAGCCCAACGCCCAUGAUGCUUCUGGCAUCCCUCAUCCUCGUUAUCAGCCUUGGUACUUUCCCGGACGUGCUCCUGCAGGAGCUUGGGAUACCAAGUGGACGGGUGACCACUACUUUGGCCCCAAGGACUACAUCAGCUUGUACCGAAACACAGUCCAUGCAAAGUAUCUUCUCAUGGCACCGUCCUUGGACCGGGCCGGCACUGUUGGAUUUCGCUGUGUGGCUGACAAAGCCUGA